AUGAGCGCGCGACGCGCGAGCCUCGUCUCGUCGCGCUCGACGCACGGCGCGCAAAGAGCGCCCGCGCGCGCGAUCGUUCGCAAGGCGAUCGUGAGCGAGGACGUGGACGUCGGGAAGACCGGCGCGGCGUACACCGAGUUCGCGUCGUUGUUGGACAAGUACCAGUACAACUACAAGGUCGGGGACGUCAUCAGCGGGAAAAUCAAGGCGUGCGACGCGAAAGGGGCGUGGGUUGAAAUCGGGGCGAAGAGCGAGGCUUUGUGCCCGACGUCCGAGGCAUCGCUCGGAAACGUGCGCAACGCUGCGGCGGUGUUCGACAUCGAUUGCGACUACGACUUCGAAAUCAUUCAGGACGACAACGGCGAGGGCUGCAUGACGCUCUCGGUGCGCCGCAUGGAGCUCGCGAAGGCUUGGGAUCGCUGCCGCGAGGCGCAGGCGGAUGAUGCCGCACUCACUGGUGACGUCUUGAGCGUUAACCGUGGCGGUUUGCUCGUUGAAGUUGAAAAGCUUCGCGGUUUCGUGCCGCAAAGCCACAUCGGCGUGCGGACGCUCAACCGCGAGGAGUUGAUCGGUCAACAAUUGCCGUUCAAGUUUAUCGAGGUUGAUGAGGAGAAGAACCGACUCGUGCUUUCGCAUCGGUUGGCGACGGACAUGGUGUCCGCGGAAGGCUUAGAGGUUGGCGACGUCGUGGAGGGCAUGGUGCAAGCGGUGAAGCCGUACGGCGCGUUUGUGGACGUCGGCGGUCAGAGUGGAUUGUUGCACAUUUCUCAAAUUUCGCACGAGCGCAUCGUCGCCGUCGAAAACGUGCUUUCUCCGGGUGACCGCAUCAAGGUGUUGGUCAUGUCCAAGGAUGCCGAGAAAGGCCGUUUGUCGCUCAGCACGAAGAAGCUUGAGCAAAACCACGGCGACAUGCUUCGCAACCCCGCCGCGGUGUUCGAGACCGCUGAGGACAUGGGUCGCCAGUUCAGAGAGAAGAUGCAAGCCGCCGAAGGCGUUGUGAUGAGCGUCGAUGAAGCUUAA